UGCGUAGAACGAACGAACACUUGUCGUAUGAAAGGUAUGGUCUAUCGUUAAACGAAUAAUAGCAAUGGUAAAUAAAUACAUGUAACAAUGGUAAAGUUAUAAGCAUUAAUACAAAAUGACAACACAACCUAAACAAUUAAAAGUGGCAGAUACGAAAGCCUCAUUUAUUACAUCGUUGAUAGCAGGAGGACUAGCUGGUGUUUCUGUAGACAUAAUAUUAUUUCCAUUAGACACAUUAAAGACACGACUACAGUCUAAACAGGGUUUUAGGAAAUCAGGAGGAUUUUCUAAUCUUUAUAAAGGAAUUUUUCCUGUGUUCAUUGGUUCUGCACCAACUGCAUCUUUGUUCUUUGUAACUUACGAAGGUAUCAAAAAUGUAACACAGCCCCGUGUACCUGAAAGAUAUCACUCUUUGCUACAUAUGAGUGCAGCAUCUUUAGCAGAAAUGGUAGCUUGUUUAAUACGAGUACCAAUAGAGGUUUUGAAACAAAGAAAGCAAGCUUUAAUAUUUCAAAGAAAAGAUGUCAGUCUUAGAUUACUGUAUUGUGGCUACUGGAGCACAGUAAUAAGAGAUAUGCCUUUUAGCUUAAUACAGUUUCCAUUAUGGGAGGGCUUUAAAAAAAUUUGGAGUUCAAAUGUUGAUAGAGAUAUCUUACCAGCAGAAAGUGCGAUAUGUGGUGCAAUUGCAGGUGGCAUAUCAGCUGCUAUCACAACACCACUAGAUGUUAUAAAAACAAGAAUAAUGCUUUCACAUAAAAAUGAGAGUGCCUCAAAAUUAAAAGUACUUUAUGUUAUACAAAAUGUUUAUAACGAAAAGGGCUUACAUGGACUUUUUGCUGGUAUUGGUCCUAGAGUAAUGUGGAUAACUUUGGGAGGUUUCAUUUUCUUUGGAACUUACGAAGGAGCAAGAACUGCAGUUAUGCAGUAUUUCUUGCCUCUUUCUAUUCUUACUGAACAAACUGAUAAAUGUCAGUAAUGUUGAUAGAUAUUAAACAAAUUUAGUCAAAGUGUUAUUGUUAAUAAGUACAACUUAGUAAAUAUAAUAAUAUUUACAGUUACUAUAUAUAAAAGAUGCACUUAUAUAGUUAUAAAAAUAAAUUUUAUACUUACUUUUGAAAAUUGUAUAUACAUUUCGUUUUAACAGUAAUUAUUUAUAAAA